AUGUUAGGCAUUAUGAUGAAUCCAGAAAAUGUAUCUGAAUUUUAUGCUGCACCAAGGAAAGGCAUGUCGCCACCAGUAUUCAAGGAACUACCAAAAAAACCAAAAAUUUCCUAUCUGAAAGAUGGACGAGUGGUGAUUGACGGUGAAGUAAAGAAGAUAAAACAAUCUGAGGAACUUUGGGCUGAUGUGUUAAAACGUCAUAUUGCAAUGGGUAUACGAAACAAAUCCAUCGCAAGGCAACGAUCACAGUCAGCAUGUGAUGGUAAAAAAGUUGUCAGUUCUUUGACAGAUUAUUUCAUUUUUUUUUUUCUUUUUUUUUUCUGUAAAUUUUUAAAUUGUCUAGACGUUAAAACAAAACCAAAUUAAGU